AUGUCUGCAGAGAAAGCACCAGCUGAGAAACUCCCGCUUGCGGUUCGCAAGAACGUUCGGGAUGGAUGGGAGGGCAAGAAAGGGGAUCUUGAAGCGAAACUGCUGGAGCAGCUAGGUGUUGCAUGGACUUUCGAUGUCAACCCUCUCGCCAUUUAUCCUUAUGCAGAAGAAGGAUCCUACGGUAACCACUCUUUGGGAGACUGUAUCUUUGCCUACUUUGAUGGAUUCAUCUAUGGUCUCAACUACUUCCUUCAAUAUCAUGGGGACGCUGGUAAAGACGAAUUGAACGCCGUCUGCCCAAAACACACCAUCACGCUCGUCCCAUCUACCAAGUUCAGCUACUGCGGUACAGAAGUUGUGGACGGUCAACUUCGACUUCUCUUCCACCCCAACAACCUCGGGACAAACAUCAGCAACGUCGCCGAAAAGCUCGCCGAUACGCUGUCCACCGCUCCCCAGCCAUCCGGUGCGCCGUCUCUCAGCUAUGCAGCUCGUCACUCUAUCAAGAGUGAUUACGAUCCUAAGAUCGAAGCUGUUCUUGAAAGCGCUCGCAAGAGUCUGCAUAAUCCCAAUUUUGAAUUCCAGCCUGAUUUCGAUGCCCUAGGAGAGGUGCUGAAGAAGGGUGGUAAGGAUGUGAGAGACGAUUGGGAGUCGAAUCUUGGAAGUUUUGCAUUGAGCUAUUUUGAGAGUUUUGUGAGCGCGCUUGAGAGAGAGAAGUUUGUUGAUGAUGACUUGUUGAGAGAGGGUUUCGAGGAGGGCGUUGAGAAGGGAGUUGUGAAAUUGAGAAUUGUGGACAAGUUGACCAAGGGUUCUUAUAACGAGAUAAUCCUUGAUGAUGGGGCGGCUGUCAUUCAGACCACACCAAAUAACUGGGGAACGAACAUCUACAACGCAGCCGAGAAGCUCGUGGAUAUUCUGUAG